CAGAAAAGAAAAAUGUAAAGGAAAAGCACUAUUACUGGUUUAUCAAAUGGCCUGCCUAAAGCCAUUAGAACAAGCAUUGCACACCAUCUGUUUUUUCCUAUAGUUCAAAAUGUUCAUUUGUUCCAACGUGUUUCGCCGAACCUCCUUUUCCAACUGGUUCCUGAAAUGGAAGCUGAAUACUUCCCUCCGAAGCAAGACGUAAUUUUGCAGAAUGAGGCACCAACUGAUCUGUAUAUAAUAGUUUCAGGAGCAGUGGAAUUUAUAGCACAGAUUGAAGGGCUAGAGCAAACAAUUGGAAAAGCUGUUGCAGGAGAAAUAUUUGGAGAAAUAGGUGUUUUAUGUGGGAGACCACAGCCAUUUGCUGUUCGAACAACCGAGAUUUCUCAGAUUCUAAGGCUAAACAGGACAUCAUUGAUGAACAUUCUUCGAGCAAAUCCAGAAGAUGAACGGAUUAUUAUGAACAAUCUAUUGAUGAAGAUGCGUACCAUGGCGAGUUCCGCCUCAUCCAGAGGCAUAGCCGCCAUUGUGGGCGUUGGGCCUAAUCUUGGACGCUCUAUCGCUCGCAAGUUCGCCCAUGAAGGCUAUACAGUUGCUAUACUCGCCCGUGACUUGGAUAGAUUAUCUAGAUUUGCUGAUGAGAUAGCGAGAGAAGAGAAGGCGCAGGUAUUUGCUAUCCGAAUCGAUUGCUCCGAUUUACGAAGCGUUCGAGAGGCAUUUGAGGGAGUUCUAUCACUGGGUUUUGUGGAAGUCCUGGUUUACAAUGCAUAUCAGCCAGUAUCUUGGAAUCCCACUAAUUUUACCGACAUUAAAGUCGAACAAUUUGAAAAAUCUAUCGCCGUCUCUUCCGUCGGCGCCUUCCACUGCGCUCAACAGGUACUACCAGGAAUGGUGGAAAGAGGAAGAGGGACGAUUCUGUUUAGUGGUUGCUCAGCUUCUCUGAAUGGCAUUGCCGGCUACUCCGAAUUAUGCUGUGGAAAGUUUGCAAUGAGAGGGUUAUCCGAAUGCCUGGCAAGAGAGUUCCAGCCACUUGGAAUACAUGUGGCACAUGUCAUCAUCCACGGCAUCGUCGCCGCACCUCGAUUAGCCAACUGUCGUGAGUUGUGUAUGCAGGGGGGCCAAUUCACAGCAAAGCGUAGGAAGGGAUGGAUUGAUGGACCCAGACGCGCUGGCCCAGACCUACUGGUACUUGCACAUUCAAGAUAGAUCUGCUUGGACCCAAGAGAUUGAUCUUCAUCCUUUCAGCCAAAGAUAUAUGUAGAAUCAAAGAAUAUGUACUGCUAUAAUAAGUUAGACAUUUUCAAUUUAGUGUGGUUUUCUAUGAUUGAUUGGGAUUUUAUGUACAUUUCAUUUGGUUUGGGAUUGUAACAAUUGAAUUUGAACAACUGAAUAAAAUAUUCGCAUGAGUUUUGAACUCUUUUAAAAUA